UGUGGCCGUCUGUGUCUGUGAACGUCUUUGGCUAUCCGCCGCGUCGUAUCUGUCGACCCGAGAGCACUCGCAUUACCGACCGACGCGCGAUAUCCGAAACAUGUAAAUCGUAAGGAAAAGUGUGCCUUCGCGAACCCCGAAAACCGGUACACCGAUGAAGUCCAACAGUGGCAGUAAUAGAAACCAGAGGAACAUCAGGCCUGCCGCGGCGGCUGUCCCGCCGGACAUUCCACCUCGGAGACUCGGCGUGGACCUGCACAAUCAAAUCGGAUUCAAGAGUCACAAGUAUGACGUGAGGAGCUCGAGUUUCGAGAGCUCUGGCAAAGUAUUGCCGUGGACCGGGUAAGAGAAAUUAAAAUGCAUAAUAUAUAAAAUACUUAUAAGUGGGUGGUGGGUACAAGUAAAUAAGCACAAAAUAAAACGGAAAACGAGAAUUCAUUUUAAAAUCAACAAUUGACUGUUUAUUGAAACUUUUUACAGUUAAGAAGAAUUAUUAUUUUAUGUUUAAUUACAUUUUUAUCGAAGGCGACAAUGAUUUUAUAUUAUAUUAUCGUCCGCUCUGUUCAGUUGUAUUUUUUUUUCGUUGCCUAUCCAUAAAAACUUUUAAUGGUGGUAACUAUACGAUAUUAUAUAACGUAGUAGUAUUAUGUAAGCGAUGGGAAAUUUUAAUGGAAACUUUUUCCGUUGUUGUGGUUAGGUACUAUUCUAAUUGGUACUUUUAUUCGAAAACAUUUUUCGAUCUGAUUAAAAAAAAUAAAACUAAAAUUCGUCUCCUUCACAAAAACGGAACGAACUUAUGCUGUACCGAAAAAAGCGCACAUUUUUGUUUCCACAGUCGGAAAACAAAAGAGAAAAAUAAUUAUAAGUACGACUUUUAUUAUAAAAUAUAUUUCUUUCUUCCGGAUGAAUAAAACAAAUAAACAUUUCAUAAACGUGCGAAAACCUCACAAAAAGAGUAAAUAAAUUACAAUCGAGAAAAAAAAACAUAAUGCAGAUAUUGACUAAUUUAUGAAAGUAUACAAUUAGAUAAUUAUUUAAAAAAUUAAUUUAAUUUAUUCAUAUAGUUUAGUUAAAUCGAUUUUUGUAUUUUUUUGUUUUUCAAAAUAUCUGUGUAGUUAAUGUUUUGAGUCCACUGUUUUAAACAAUAUAAUUUGUUUUGUAUACACAGCAUUCUAUUUAUUAUAUUUUAUUUGUGUUUUUCAACAAAUUUCAUUCAAAUAGUGUCGAAAAAAUUAUGUACGAGUACUUAUACAUUUUUAGUAUAGUUGCUAGAGUUGUUAUAAUUCAAAAAAAUAAAAAAAAUAUGACAAAUCUAAAUUCAAAAAAAAAAAAAGUAUGUAUUAUAUAUCUAUGUAAGUUUUCGAAAAACGUUCGGAUGAAUUUACCAGCAGGUUUUAUUUAUAUCACGUGAAUAUCUACACGCGUGACGAUAAACAAUGAUAGUAUACAAAAAACCAAUUGAUUUGCCAAAAAUAUUGACUAUGACAUAAUUGUACAUUUUUUUUUAACCCAUCCGUUUUUCGAAUCCGACUUUGUACUUGCGUACGUGAUUUCAUCGAUUUUUUUUUCUGUAAAAUGAAAUGUAUGCACUGUGUUGUGUCUGUUAUAGGUAUAUUUUUUUUAGACACGUUUCCCCCAAUAAUUUUGGACAUUCAUAGAGAUUAUCUGAGGACCAAAUAAGCUCAACCUCGAAAAGUACAGUUGUUUUGUAGACAGAUUGAAGCGUUUGGAAUUAUAUUAAAUUUCAAUGUACAUUUAACCCUGUUUUUGUGGGCAGAUUGUGUUUAUACACCACAACAGAUUCCCUAAAUGAAACCGGGAGAUGACCUAUUUUAUACAUGCAUCAAUGCACGCCAUUAAUGUUAACACCGGCGCUAUACACCGCUGAGGAAAUCGUCAAGUGUUACACAGAUUAAAUCAGAUAUUUUUUCGCAAUAUUAAACAAUAUAGUUAGUAUUAUUGUUAUACAGUCAUAAUGAAAAAAAAAAUUCAUAGUGUGACAAUUAAGCCGGUGACCGGUAAUUUACACGGUGCAAAACCGUUGGGUACAUUCUGACAAAAACUUGAAAUAAUAGAAACCGAUUUUUUUUUCGACUCUCCGAUAAAUGGCGUAAAGAUGUAGUGUAAAAAAAUAAAAAUGAAAUUAUUUCCGGUUUUAAAAUGUCAUUCCAAUAAUUCCGGGAUGUUCCUCUGCUGCUGAUGCAGAUAUAUAAGAAUAUCACUAUUGUUAUAAAAUAUAUGAAUUUUGUUCAUAGCUGUAUAGUAUAAUGUACAAAUAUUUAUAAUAUUGCGUAUAUGCACACAACAAAGGAACGUUAAAAAAAAAAAAAAAAAAAAUGUCGGCAUUUCAAAUCAAACGGAUAUUAUUAUUAUUAUUAUUUUUUUUUUUUGGGCAAAUAAACGAGUUUAUUCGGAAGAUUAAUAUUGUAUUGCGGUGUACCUAAUAUGACGCGGGCACGAUUAAAAUAUAUAUUCAAUAAUUUCUGCAGUUUUGACCAAAGGGAAAUUUGUUCUGGUUUUUAAUUAUCAUUAACAUUAUAAAAAAGUAUAAUAUUUUGUAUAUUGCGUUAUCGUCAACGACGACGAUAUUUAUCGGCAUUAUCAGCGCCGUAUUUAUAUGAUUCGUAUACCACUAGACUGAACCAAUGUUACGCGAGUCCUACCGGAAGUUCUGUAUUUUUGUUUUUAUUAUCCUGCAAAAAUCCCAUGAAUAGUUAUGAAAUAAGCUUACGCGUAUAAAUUAUACAAAUAAUGACUACACAAUAAUCUAAACCACGCGCUUUAAAACGAAUGUGCCAAUCGAUCCGCAAUGAUAAUAAUUCGGGAAAAAGUAAUUUUUCUCUUGUAAAUAACCCGAAAUAAACGCAUUGGUACCGGUAGAAUUAUAAAAUAUUGUACUAGUAUUGAUACAAUAAAGUUCGGUUUGUAUUAGUUAUCUAUACAGAAAGUUCAACUAAAUAGGAACUCACAAAAUAUAUCUACAUUGACCUAUAUUCCGUAUUUUCGUAAUAAUAUUUUAAAAUGGUCCGCACUACCACAUUAGUUUAACGUUUGUAAUUCUUGUCUAUUCUAAUUUCUAAAUAAUAAUUUAAUUAUUUGUUCACCCAUGUAACCAACGGAGACCAGUAGUAAUAGACUGAAAAAUGUGCAAUUUUUUAAUGUUCAAGGAUAAAUUUCCUGCGUAUGUUCUAUUUUUUAAAAGUUGACUUUCCCAUUCAAAUCAUUCUCUAAAAACAUUCCUGGAACCAGGAUCGGAUUAAAAAAACUUGCAUCAAAGACAAUAAUUUUACCUGCACCACAGCAUUACCAUAUAUUUCGUGGAGACUAUCUAUAUACUACCUAGGGCUGAAAAUAAAAGAUGGGAAGAUGAGCGAAUUUUACAAUGAGCAUGACUUGAUUUUUGGAACAAAUGAAAGUGUUAUAAAUAAAUAGUCUGGAAUUGUUGGUUUCCUAUAGUUUCCUUUCCUCCUUUAAGCUCCAGAUUUUCUCUAUAAGGUCUCAGAAUACUACUACCUAUUUUUGUUUUAUAACAUGUUCAUAACAAAAACUACUAACGUUUGCCAAUCACAGUGUUACAUAAAAUAACAUUAAAUCAGUUUACACUAGCUAGUAUUACCCUUAAUACAAAUAAGUCAGGAUGCAAUAACGAAUAAAUAAUUUAUUUUUACAAUUAAUUGUGAAGUUUACGUUUUGAACACGAUUUUGAGUAUAAUUCUUUUGAUGUAUCACCUUUUUAUACUAACAAAUAUUAUAUUAAUAUUAUUUAGUCAUAAAAUUAAAUUCUUUUCGCUAUUUUUUCUUUUUAAAAUUUUAUAAACAAUCAAAUGGAAUAAAGGUGAUAUUCUAAAAACAGGUUACUAGAUUUACUAGAAAAUCUUACUUUUUUAAUUAGAGGGAGUACUAUUUUUGAAAUUUUUUGUUUGACUAUUAUAAUAUUUUUUAAAUACUUGUUUCAGUGUUUAUAAUGAAGUGUAUGAGUGCUCUUUUUGUUGACUUUAUGCAUUUUAGACCGUAUUGGAGUAGCAAAGAGUAAUAAAAUAUAUUUGUAAAUGAUACGUGAUAGAAGUGGUUAUUAUUUGAAACGAAAAUUUAAUAUUAUGUGUUUAUGGUGAACGGAAUAAUGGUAAACUGGUGAUGCUAUCUAUGUAUAUAUAAGAAAGUUAAACGAUUUUAAAAUAACUGAAAAAAAAAACCAAAAUCAAUUUUACUUAAAAUCUUCCAAAAAGAUCGAUGGAUCUGUAUUAUAUGAAUCUAUGUAUAUAUAUAUAUAUAUCUGAAUCGUAGGCCAUAAAACUCCGUAGUAAAGACUUUAUGUAUAUAUGAACGAAUUUGUCCAAGUUUUAUUUUUUUGUCAUAAAAAUUGAGAAAAAUAUAAAUGAUACUUACAAAUGCUCGUAUAUUAGACGAAUAUAUUUAUGGCGAUAUAUUAUUACAACUAUAAAAACGCAUAAUAUACCUACCUACCUUCUAACAUAAUGAUAUCCAAAGCAAUAUCAUCUUACGGUAUGUCAUGCUGCUGUUAUAUGCAGUUGCUAUAAUACUACGUUAUACGCAUAUACAAAAGAUUCCAUGUUUAUAAUGCCGAAUUGAAUUUAAAAAAAAAAAAUAAAUAUUUUUACACACAAAACAUGACUCUGGGUGAAGUUAGGUUAAACAUAAUAUUAUUUUUUUGAAAUUUGAACUCAAUAAUGCUUAGAAAAAAAUUUCUACUACGUGAAGCUCAUUUUUUUUUUUAUCAUUAAUUACAACUUCUGGUGAACGGAGUGUUAAAAUAUAUUCAACCAUUUUUAUUCAGACAAAACAUUUUAUCCACAUAAAAAUUUUACAACACGUAAAUUUAAAUGACUAUAAAGAACUCAAAAAUCGCAAGAAUAUUUUGAACAUUUUACCACAUUUAGAGAAGAAGUUCUAAACGUUUUUUCUUGGUUUUUUUCAAUAAUGAAGCAACAUUUUUUAUGUAUAACAGAUGUAAUAAAAUUAAAGAUUAGAGAAAAAUUACCAAUAGAGAAAUUGUUAACAAUUAAAAUAAAUAAAAAUAAAACACAUCCAAUUUGUGCUCAAAAUCUAAAAAAAAAACGCUCUUCAGUAUUAUUAUUAUUAUGCACCGACCGAAUGGUAUAAAACGUCGCGCUGCACCGACACCAGAAUCGAUUUUAAUUAUAAUUCGUAUAACAUGACGGGCGAACACAAAUAUUACCACUGAAAAUGCGCAUCGCGACGCUUUCGGAAAGUCCAAAAUGAAAUUCGAUCACAGUGCAGUGUUUAUUACAAUAUUUAAUUCGAUAAUGUUUCGUAUGAAAUGACGGACUGCAUAAUAUUGGGAUGAAGAACUGUUGAAAUUAUAUUACGCGGAUCGUUAUUUCGAUUUAAAAUAAAUACCGACGAGUCCGGUUAUAUCCUGGCGGACGCCAACCCCCGAGAAAUUAUACAUUUUUAGGCAGCCCGAAAAUCACUAGAGAUUUUACAUUCAUUUCCGUUUAUUUUGGUUCGGCGGCUCAUCAGUAAACAAAAUUCAUUUGCAACGGGAUGUUUGGUUUUAUUUUCGCAAACCGAAAACCGCGUCACGCGUUUUGGUAUGUUAUGAGUCGCAGGAAAAUUUAAUCGACACUUAAAUUUUCUGCACACAUUCAGUUACUGUAUUUAAAAAAGUUUACACUGUUGAAUAGGUAAAAUAUUAUACAGGGUAGUUAAAUUUUUAGUACCUAUAAUAUAUGCAACGAUAAAUCAUUGCAAACGAAAAACGAUCCUGAGCGUAGUAUUUUUUUAUUUUUUUUAUCGUUUAUUAGAAAAUAUAAAAUGUAUAAUAAUGGUUACAAUAAGCAUAUGAGCGUAAAUAAAAAAAAUAUACACAUGUACAAGAAACAAGAACUUGAGGAGAGUAGUUAACCAACAGUGUUAUACUCAGGAUUAUAACAUUUGAGUCGUAGUUUUAUAAUUAAGGCUAAGGGAAUCCGGAAAACAACAAAAAUAAAAUAAAUAAAAAAGGAUCAAGAAAUUUUACAAUUGAACAUGUCGAUGAAUAUCUCAAAUAAAUUAUCGCCGCUUAAAAAUUCCGCAUCCUUUGAGAUAUAGUAUGCGGAUAUUGGAUCAUUUUUACAAGCCUAAAAACUAUUUUUCAGGAAAGAAUCACACAAAUUGACUAAAUAAGGUUUUAUAAAAAUAAAAAUAGAGAUAUUUCAUGGGGACCCCGAAAAAUAAAUAUCAACACUUUUAUUUAAAUUCCUUUGUACGUCAUGAAAAAUGGUUUUAUUUUAUAUAGAUAUUAUUGGUAUAGGUAGAGUAACGCAUUAUAAAAUUAUAGUUAUUAUUACUCAUUAUGUUAUAAAUACUCAUUUAUAAAUGAAUUUCUGAUAUCAGUAUCAGUAUAAAAUUUGUUUUUGUUUUUAGAGAGCUGUUAUCUAAAUAUACAAUUACGAUAUUUCACUCAAUUUGUAAAGUCUUAGCCAUAAUACAUACAUCACUGCAAACAUGCAAGAGAUGUUAUAAUACGAAACAAUGGUCCAACAAUAGUCAUGAUAAAACGUGUCACGCUGACGAAAUGGAUUCGUAA